AUGGCGUUAUUUGAUCUCUAUGGAUCUUCAAAGACUUUCAUUCCUCAGUUGACCCGCUCCACAAGUGACCCCCGGCCGGUGGUUGUUAUGACCUGCGGAAUUGCAGGCUCCGGUAAAUCCACGCUUGCAAAAUAUAUCGUCUCAACCUACAACUUGUACCACCGCCUAUCGAUCGACUCCUGGGUCUACAACCACUAUGGACUCUACGGGACAGACUACCCAGCGGAAAGAUAUAGCGGCUACCAAGAAGAAGCGGAAAGUGCUUUACGUAUUGAGCUUGCCUCAUUGCUACGGGAAGGUGCCCAGGAUGUCGUUCUUGAUUUCUCCUUCGCAUUCAGAGAAACCAGGGAUGAAUGGAAACAGCUAGUAGAAGCCUAUGGGGGACGAUGGGUUCUGCUAUAUCUUGAUGUCGAGGCUGAUGAGUUGCGUCGGCGUGUGAGGGCGAGGAACUCUCUCAAAGCGAAAGACGGUGACUCGGCGUUUCCUGUUACUGAAGAAAUUCUUGAGGGGUAUUUACGCGGCUUUGAAAGGCCGGAUCAGGAGGGCGAGGUUGUUCUUCGGAUCAAAGGGUGA